CGGUUCAACGAAUUGCUGAUAAAAAGUCAAGUGGCGUCAGACAAAUUUUCGAUCUGAUGUCCUGGUCUCUAAAGUCUUAAAAUCCUUGGGCAACUCUCGCGCUCAUUAUGUUAAAUAUUGACAUGAUAAGACCGACGUGGAGAGUGUUGCUGUGCCUUUUUAGCUCUUUUAUCUACUGCAACACCAGAGAUAGGGAGUCCUCUUCAAGGAACUGAAGACCCAUUUCACUGGAAACAUAUCAGAUUAUUUCUGCCGGAGAUAUAUACCAAUAAACAUCGCAACCCGAACGCAGGCACGCAUUUAUUCACGCAAAUUAAUAUAGUGGGAAAUUAGAGAUCACAAAUAAGAAAAAAUGGCUUGGAUAAAAAAGAAAUUUCCUCCUGGAAUGAAAACCCGGAAGAAAAAACUUGGCCAGCAGCUAACAAAUCAGCAAGAAACGGAAACUGUAAUCAGCGUUUCCAGCCACCACUGCAAUACACAGAGGAAAUAUAGUAAUAAUGUGGACUCGGCCGCGCGCCUUAGAAGACGGUAUUUCUAUUUUGGGCCUCAAAUAUCACCACUUCGACCAUUGGUUGUUCAAAACCAAGCGGAUUUACGCAGCUCCUGGCAUACCAGAAUAAUUCCAACAAAGAAGCGGUUUGAAUUAGAAAAGAAACCUCUGCGGUGUCGGCAGAACUUGCUGAUGAGUGGAGGGUCAGUGCUGAUGGAGAGGAGCUGCACUGUUGAGGAAUUAAAAUUUCGCGAACUUGAGGAGCAAGUCUGGCUCCUGAUGUGGCUCGUUCUUGAACCGCAAAGACUCCAAUAUCUCGUCCAGAAAUAUGGAAAUGAGCGAAUGUCGCGCCGUUGGGCCGAGGGCCGUUGGGGCUCGUGGUUGGUGUGGCGGGCGCUUUUGGUGAGCUGCUCGGCCGACGGCACCAAAAGCGCGAUCCCCGUUCCCUUGGCUGAAAACCACGUAUGUGACAUGCCCUGUCUAAGGGACCACGUGAGCCGCUUGCUGGAAAUUUGCGCACCCACCAGAGACUACUGGCGCAUGUUCGGCUGGACAGGACUGUCAGUCGAAGCGGUUUUGCAGAAAAUUAUUAACGAAGAUAUAAUGCCAAUGGCUCAGUCACUAAGAGUGGUUCCUCCUGAACUUCAGGCAUCCCUCAACCGUUUAGCAGAAUAUCAGCGGGCCUUGGAAAAGGAAAGGGAAGCUUCCUUAAGUUUAAUCGAAGAGGAUCAGAGCACCAAGACCCCAAAUGGCGGAAUUACAUUGCCCAGAAAAAGAGGAAGACCGGCAAAAUCGACCACGAUGAAAGGCAAGGAAACAGGCCGCAUCGAAAGAGUAUUUUUGUGGAAAUUUCUUCUUGAACUUUUGGAGGACCCAACAAUGAGAAAUUGUCUCCGUUGGCUUUCCCGCGAGGAAGGGAUUUUCAGAAUCUUGAACACUGACCUGCUGGCCCGACUUUGGGGCCGGCGACACGGGAAUCCCGGCAUGACGUAUGAAAAACUGGCUCGCGCUAUGAGGACGUACUACAGGUCGGGGACAUUCCUGAUGGUGCCGAGGUGUCGGAACCUGCCGCGCAAACUGGUUUACCGCUUCUCGCCGCUGACCAUGCAAAAGUUUUGGCAGAGGCACCAUCCACAGGGCAGUCCGCCUCCCUCCUCCCUCUCCGACCCAGAGUCCACGCUGAUAAUCGACAAUUAAAAAAAUGGAUCGUUAGUUAAAAUCAAUCGCACAUAAUACUGCUAAUAUGAGAGGCCAAGUUUAAAAUUUUUGGCAUCAAAUAAAAAUCUCAAAUAACUUCCGGCAGCAAAAUUUCUCAACAUAAAU